AUGGUGUUGUGUUAUUUUUUGUACAAGAGAGAAUAUGUGAUAAAAUCAAACCAACUUAAAAGUGUCGAGCAAAGCGGAUUUCUCCAGAAAAACGUAACGAAAACCAUUUUAGUGUGGAACGGCCUAUUGAGAAAAGAAAUUAUAAUUUUUGGAAAAGGUAACAAAGUGUUUGAGAAACAAAGUUGCCCGGUCAAUCACUGCGAGAUCGUCACCAGUCGAACAGAACGUCCGGUCGAGAGUUAUGACGCCAUCGUGGUCGUCUUUCACGAUCUAUUAAUUACUCCUUAUGAACUUCAAAUGCCGGAUUCUCCAAACGGACGCAACCCCAAUCAGCACCUCGUCUUUUUGACCCAGGAGCCUCCUCCGAGUUUGAAACGUUAUUACAACACGAGCCAAUUAACUAAUUUUUUCAACUGGACCAUGACGUACAGAAUGGACUCUGACAUUCCAUUUCUUUACGGUCGGGUCCUGCCUAAAGAGACGGCGCCUCGAACUACAGAAGAAGUUGCACAUUACAGAGAAAUUGCUAAAAACAUCAGUAAACCUCUGCAACAAUCGCAAUUGCGCAAUAAAACGAAAACAAUCGCUUGGAUAGUCUCCCAUUGCAAGACCCACGGUCAACGUGAAAAAUACGUGGAAGAGCUUCGCAAAUAUGUCGACGUCGACAUUUACGGAAAGUGUGGCGAUGGCAAAUUUGUAUGCCCACAUCACGGAACGUAUUUUUCUGAGCCGCAAUGCAAUAAAAUGAUCGAAUCCACCUACAAGUAUUACCUGUCAUUUGAGAACUCCAUCUGCAAAGAUUACGUCACUGAAAAAUUCUUUAAAAUUUUGGAUCUGUACGUGAUUCCAAUUGUUGAACACGCGCCGCCCCAUUCCUACAUCGACGCUCUAAAAUUCAAACCAAAAGAAUUGGCCGCUUAUCUAAAAAUACUCGACUCCGACUACGCCCUUUACAACGAAUAUUUCUGGUGGAAGGAUCACUAUCGAGUUGAGUUCAUCUCGGAGAACACAUCACGUCACGGUUUCUGCAGUCUCUGUCAACAGUUGCACGAUAUUCAAACUCCAUCUAAAUCAUUUGCUGAUCAAAGGGUGAUCUCUGAGUUGGUCGAUGACAACAAAUGCCAACCCUUUGAUCCCAAUUGGGUUUUAUAA